GUACAACAAGGUAGAGUGUACAACAACUCUGCUUUCUUUCACACUUGUUGUCAUCCCUCGACAACAUUCACCACUCACCGUAAUUCGAUAAUGUUUUGAAUUAAUUAUUUCUCCAAUAUAAUUGCUCGUUGUAAUUGUGGGAUUUGCAUAACAAGCCGCCAUAGAAGCUAAUAUUAAUAGCAUCUAUGUUGCAUCUACACUAGCUCCUUACAAAGCCAGUGAUGCUGUUACAAGUGCCUGCGGUGCUUGCAGCACCUCAUGUGGGUGGUUACUCAACAGUAAUUGCAAAUGUUCAUACUAGUCUCCAGCUACAAAGUCAUCAACAAGAGUUAUCAACCUAGAGAAAUGCGUUUUUGCUUGAAAAGGGAUUUUAUAUGUACAUUUGUAUGUGUGUGAAGCAAGAUAUCAUCAGCAUGAAAUAAAAACUUAUCAAAUAAAGAAUUGAUAGUCUAUAUUUAUUAUAUGGGAGAAAAUAUAUUAAUAUCAUCAGAAUAAGAAGUAUCAUUGUUUGUCACCAUUUGGCUCACAUCUCUACGUUCCUAGGUUUGAAUCCUGGGCAGGGAUAGACCCACAGGCACAUCAUCUUGUGCUCGCUGUCCUGUUCACCUGGCAGUAAAGAGUAGUUGACAUGAUCAAGGCAGCGAUGGAGCAGCAGUACAAGGAAAAACGGAGAGGAAGCAACAUGUGUCUUGUGUGUGGUCGGCAGGGUGGUAACACUAUUGUUGUUACCAGUGUCCAUAGUUUUGUGUCUGCAUCAGGAACACCUCUGGCUGAUUUUCUUGUUAAGGUUGUGGGUGAAGACCCAUGCUACUCAGUUAGUGAAGUCAUUUGUCAGCAGUGUUUUGUUCUUCUUGACCGCCUAGAUGCCUAUCAAGCCCGUGCUGCAGAAAUCCAUACACAUGUGACAUCUAGAUACCGGGACACAAAACUGGAGUUAAUGGGGCAGCGGCAGAGAAUGAGUGAACUAAUAGCAUCAUCUCUGUCCAAUGUGCAGGAGCUGCGACAUGGGACCACACUAAAUGUGAGUGAUGAGCUGACUAUUACAGUUGUUCAUGAGGCAUUACCAAGGAAAAGAAGAAAAUACUACAGAUUUGACAAUAGUACAACCACUAAAUCAACACCUAGUGUUUAUGGUGCAAAUAAUAUUUAUAGUACAAGGAAUGAUGCUAUUAACCAAUACAUUUCCAAAAAAAUCAAAAGAAAGAGAGUGCCUGAAAUUACUAGUGAUGUGUAUUUUUCUACAGACAAAAAGAAAAAGUUAAUUGGAAGUGGAAAUGUGUCUGUAAGCAAUAAUAACAAUAUUACAUAUGCAAAUUGUGUUAAAAGUUGGGUGACCUCUGAAGGGACUGCUCAGUGUGGGGUAGAAAGAACAAUAAAAAAGAAAUCUGCAGACUCUGAAGCAGACAUGAGAAACAGUAGUGCUGAUGAGGAGGAACUCAGUGAUGACACUAGCCAGGGCAAACAUGUGCAGAAGAUAGUUAAUGAAGAUGAGGGAGAAGAGGAUGAUGAUGAAGAUGCUGAAGAAGAGGAAGAGGAUAAUGAUAAUGAUGAGGAUGAUGAUCAAGAAGAAGAAGAACCUUCAGAAAUUGCAGAAAAUAAUGAUGAAGUGGACAAGGAACAAGAGGAAGAAUCAAGCGAUGAUGAUUCCAGCAGUGACAGUGAUCAGGAUGACAGCUCUGCUUCAGAGCAAGAAGAUGAUGCUAAUAGUGAAGUACAGUCCUGGACAGGAAUGGAACAAGAGCAAGAAAAUGAGAAUGAGGAGGAAGAUGAGGAAGAGGAGAGGGAUGAGGCAGUAUCAGGUGAAGAAUGUGUUCCUCCUCCCAAAAAACCUCAGUCAUCAGUAAACAAAGCAUCCCAAGAGCAGUCUGUGCCGAAAACAUCAAAGUUGCAAAUAAAACCUUUGCAGCAAGUGGAGACUCAGUGCACACUCGCUCCCAAGGUAGAGCCAAGUGGACAAAUACAACUACAACCUGCUGGAGAAUCUGUGUCCCCUCAAGUUGCUGAGGCAAUGUUGAUGCAGAGCCCUCUGGCCACCUCAUUGCUCCAGUCCUUCUUGGCCACUUCACUCUGGUUUGGGUCCCCUGAAACAUCAAAGAAGAAAAAGUUGGGUGGUCCAUCUAAACAGAAACAGCAGCAUCAGGUACCUGAUGAUGUCACAAGUGAAACAUUAGCAGUGUCUGCAGGUUCAACAAAAGACAAAAAGAAGCGUCAAGAGCUGAAGAAUACUGGUCAGAGCUACAUAAAUACGAAAGGAAAACUAGUUGAUGCUAAACGAGUGUGGCCACAAGACUGCAGCAGGUGUCCUCUUAAGUGCAACGCCCGUAUCAGUGAGGAAGAUCGUCAGAAGAUUUUUGCUGAAUAUUGGGGUUUGGCUGACUACAACCUUCAGAGAGAGUACUUAGCAGCCCAUAUGCAGCGUGAGGAGAAACUGGGUCCCAGUGGCCUUCUCCGCACUGUCAUACUUUAUUUCCUUACUUGUGGCAGCAACAACAAGCUACAGGUAUGCCGCCAGUUUUUCCUCAAGACCUUAGAUGUAUCCGAAAAAGCAUCAAGAAUUGUCUUGGAGAAGAUGGUUCGAGGAGAGUUGGGAAGUGAAGGAGGUGCUGCCACUCCACCACCAGGCAGUGCUCGUCCUCAGUCCUCACAAGAAGACCAACUCUCCAGCAAGAAUGGAGAUGAUGCCAAUCUGAGUAAUGAUGAUGAUGAAAUAAAGAGUGAGGGCUCAUCAUGAGCUUUACUUCUCUUUUGUAUCUUGAAUGUUUGUUUACAUUUUAUUAUGUAAUAGUGUGCUGUCUGUACUUAGCCAUGCCCACUAAAAGGGGACUGCAUAAUAGGCAAUUUACGUGAACUUCAUUGUAUUAGGUACUAGGAAUUCGGAUUUUGGUGAAGGGAAAAAUUGCACCUGCAGCAUGCUGACAUCUGAAUUAAAUGUGGUUUGUUAGACCUUUGACUUUUUUUUUUUUUUUUCCUCCUGGUAUAAGGCAAGGUUUCCUUGGUAACUGCGUGUUCAAUCAAUAUUUGCUUAUAUGGCUAUAUUUUAUCAGUGUUUGAUGCAAAUGUUACGAAAAGUCUAGAACCUCAAAAUAGCAUGCCUAGAUAAAUGUAGGGGAAAAACCUGUAUCAAUAAUUUAUGUGCUGAAGUAUGCAUUCCUUAACUUCAAGAAAAAAAAUAAAUGUUAUUUUGUUCUAUUAAAUAAGGAAUGAUUUCAAGCUUGAAGACUAAUAGGUAUUUUUUGUGUAUUUCAAGCUUGAAGACUUAUCAGUAUGUAUUUUUGCAUGCAUAUACACAUCUACAUACUGGCAGUAGAUCUCCCAUUCCAACAAUAAUGUGGAUGGUUCUGCUCGGUUGACCAACUCCAUUAUUUUUUUUUUGUUUGUUUUUUGAAAGUCAAUCAUAUAAUUACUCAGAACUUAAUUUAAUACUGUAAUUGCCCAUUUCAUGUAGAAAUAUGUAAAGAAUCUAUAUUAAAUCAAAUUAUAUGGUUGAAUUUACUUGUUUUAUCUUUUAGGUAAGGUUUUUUAUUGAUAUUGUAUUGUACUGUUAAACUUUUGAUCCUCUCCAGGCAAGUGCCACCCCACUGAGAUGGGAAACAGGGUAAUGAUGAUUAAAUUUGAACACUGUGACUUAGAAAUUGUGUACAAUGCAGCUAAUGCUCAUGUUCCAAGUGGUGAAUAAUUCAUCCAGCAUUAGAUUUUUACAAUUCUUAUGAUUAAUAAAUUUACAUAAUUAUUUGACCAUUGUAUAAGCAUCAUAAUCAGUGAUUUUCUACAUGAUCUCAGAUCCUUGCACAAACAGGUAGUACAUGAUUUCUGCUUAUCACAGUUAUAUGCCAUCACUCAAUAGAACAGACUAGUUGCUGAAGUAUAAAACACACAUAAAUAUUGGUAAUCACACACACUCGCAUAUAGUAAUUCUCACUCAUGCACGUGUUCACACACACACACACACACAAAUGUUUGCAGAUGCAAAUGGUAUGAUUUAUGAAUGAUGGAAUUUAAUAUAGAUAAGUGGUGCUUGGACAUCCAGCAGGCAUAUGUGAGCGUGUUAGAUAAGUGAAGGCAAAUAGUUUUUGGGAUUUGACAAGCUGUUGGAGUGUGAGGAAGGUACCAUUUUGUGAAGGGAUUCAAGGAAACCAGUUAGCUGGACUUGAGUCUUGGAGGUGGAAAGUACAGUCCCUGCACUCUGAAGGAGGGGUGGAGAUACUUACAAGUUUGGAGGGGCAUCUGAACUAUAGUGUCUGCUCACCUCUGGCAAGACAGCGACAGAGUGAACGAUGGUAAAAGUUUCUUUUUCAGGUCACCCUACCUUGGUGGGAGAUGGUCAGUGUGUUAAAAAAAAAAGUGGUGCUAUGUUUAUCCAUUCGUAAA